AUGUGUGCGCGGAAACUCAAGUAUUCCUCCGGGGAUGAUUUGCAACUGUAUGCGACCCCGCGAGAAGCGCUCGAGGCUGCAAAGAGGAAGGAAUCGGAGGCCGCUCAAUUGCAGAGGAUACGGAGACAAACGCUAGAAGAGCAAGAGCAAUUGAAGAGGGAGAAGCGGCACCUGCAGCAGCAGCAGUUGCAAUUGCAGCAGCAACAACAAUUGCGACAGCAACAGCAACAGCGGGUUUUUACACAGAGAGUCAGUUCUGCACCGGUACCCAUGACGCCCAAAGUGAACGGUCGGCCUGUACCGCCCUCAUCAUCAUCCUCGUCGCGAACUCGGAUGUCUCCCACUAAGAGUGUAGGUAGUAGCGGGAGCUCACAAAAUGGUAUGGAUCCUCGAGAUAUCAAAGUAGCGUUGCGGUUGUUCCAGAAUCACGACGUGAAGGAGCGGGGUCGGUUAACUGGGGAGGAGUUGCAGAAUCUGUUACAGAAUGAUGACAACAGUCGGUUUUCGAUGUCCUCGAUUGAUUCGCUGAUCAAUCUGUUCGGUGUGGCAAGGUUUGGGACUGUGAAUGCGAACGAGUUCAUAUCGCUUUACAAGAAACUGAAACUGUGGAGGAAAGUGUAUGUGGAUAAUGACAUUGAUGGGUCCUUCACGAUAAGCGUCACGGAGUAUCACAACUGUUUACAAGAGCUGAGGUACUUGAUUCCGCUGGAGGCGAGUGAAAAGUUAUUCGACCAGUAUUCGGAGUUCAACAUAAACGGGAAUACGAACCAGAAGGAGUUGAAGUUCGAUAAGUUCGUGGAGUCCCUGACUUGGCUUAUGAAAUUGACUUCCGUGUUUAGGAAAUUUGACUCGAAGCAGGAGGGCAUAGCAACGAUAGAUUACAAGAGCUUCAUUGAGUCGACCUUGUAUUUAGGCAGAUUCUUGCCGCAUUAA